CGGGCUCGGCAGGGAGACGACGGCGCCGCCGCCAUAUUGAGGGACCGCGGGCGAGGAGGAGCAGAGGGGCCGCGCCGCCGGACACCGCCGCCUGCCAGAUCACUGUAUAAUCACACCCAGACACACGCACCUACUUUCACAGUUCUCACCAGCAAAGAUGAGCGACAUUGACGAGGCCGCCUACGAGGGGAGGGAGUCCCGUUCACCAUCAAAAUCUCCAAGUGGAAGUGCUGGCCGUGCAAAAUCAGAAAGUCGCUCUGCAUCUCGCAGUCCAUCAAGAGCCUCAAAGCGUUCAGAAUCCCGCUCACGAUCAAGGUCCAAGUCUAGAUCUCACUCGCGGAGACAUUCACACCGACGAUAUUCACGCUCAAGGUCACGAUCCCAUUCACAUCGAAGGCGAUCCCGCAGCAGAUCUUACACGCCUGAGUAUCGAUCACGGAGAAGGAGCCGUAGUCAUUCGCCAAUGUCUAGCAGAAGGCGUCAUGCAGGAAGUAGAACGGGCCAUGUGUCGGCGAAACACGGAGGAGCAUUGAUAGUAGAUGUGGAGAAGUCCGCUGCCAGGACUGCCCCGUCAUCCCAGAUGAAGGAUGAUUCCUGGAGGCGAGCAGCAUAUGGGAAGAAAGAAGGCAAACUCGGUUCUCAAAACGCUAAUCCAGAUCCAAACACUUGCCUCGGUGUUUUUGGCCUUAGUUUGUACACAACUGAGCGGGAUCUUCGUGAAGUGUUUUCUCGCUAUGGACCAUUGGCAGGUGUCAAUGUCGUCUAUGAUCAGCGGACUGGCCGUUCAAGAGGAUUUGCAUUUGUUUAUUUUGAAAGACUAGAGGAUGCUAAAGAGGCAAUGGAACGUGCUAAUGGGAUGGAAUUGGAUGGUAGGCGAAUUCGUGUAGAUUAUUCUAUCACAAAGAGGCCCCACACUCCUACUCCUGGAAUCUAUAUGGGAAGACCAACUCACAGCAGUGGAGGUGGUGGUGGUGGAGGCCGUCGCCGGGAUUCGUACUAUGACCGAGGUUAUGAUAAAUACGAUCGAUAUGAUGAUCGGGACUAUGAUUAUCGGUACAGUAGACGGCGAUCUCCGUCACCUUAUUACAGCAGGGGAUAUCGAUCGCGCUCAAGGUCUCGUUCCUAUUCACCACGUCGUUACUGACCAGACUCUACCGCUUGCUGGACAACUGUCUAAAGAUUUUUAAUCAACGUGUUACGGCAACUUUUUUUUUGAGGGUGGGGUGGGGUUAAGAUUUUGGUAGUUGUGCAUGAUAGUUUCUGUGGCUAUAUAACUGCUUUGGAAAGCCAUUCUAAAAGCUACUUGCUUGAACUGAUUUAUGUAGUUCAUAACUUGAUGUAAGGACACAACAGGGCUGGAAUUUAAUGGUAAUCUUUUAAUUACCAAGUGCAGGUUGUUUUUGAAAAUGCAAAUGCCAAUAUUCAAUAGUUUUGUCAUGGUGUUUGACUUUGUCAUGGGAUUGUAUUUGCUGUUUGAAGCUGUCCUAGAGUUCUGUAUUUUUUUUAUUGAAAGAAAAACAAUGUAAUCCUUUAAAAGAUCAGUAUAUGCAUUUUACAAAAUAACUUGAAAAUGUAUAAAAUGGUGGACUGUUGGAAUGUCAUUUUUGGAAGAUACUUUAAAGAAAAAUGAUUCAAGUCUUGGAUCCUACUGAUCUGACUGGGUAAUAGUGGAACAUUGAAUUUCUGCCCUAGAUUGAAAAUGUGAUGUGACAGAACUCUGUAAGUGUCUUCACAGUUGUAAAGGAUUAUAAGAAUUAAAUUUUUUUUUUAGUUAAUGGUGUAUUUCUAUAUUUUGACCUGCAAUAUAGUCCCUGCAUAUUGACCAACUGCUAUAAUGUAUACACUUUACUGAAUAUUAAAAAUGCCUCCUGAAUGGGAGGUAGGAAGGAUGGUUUA